CAAGCAAUCCAAAAGGCAGCGGUGAAACACACGAAGUCACCAACCACCAAGUAAACUCAAAGUUCUUAACGGGAAAAUGGAAGUCUUCUAUCUCUUAUGCUCCAUCCUAUCCAAAUUUUUUACUUCCCUCACACUCUCUCUCCUCCUUCCCUUCCGCUUCCUCCUCACGCGCCACCGUCUUCCUCUCUCCACCUCCCAAUUUGAACCCGUUUCACUCUACGAAGGUACCGUAUGGCACGACCGUCGCCGCCCCGUCCGCCACUCUUUCCGUUACUCCGUCCGCUAUGCUCUCUUCGACCUCGAUCACGCUCCCAACACGCCACCCGACCACCUCUCCGCCGACGAGGCUCGUAGGAUUACCAAAACUGAUGGCCCAGUUUUUCUACUAACAAUUCCUCCAAGCGUGGGGUAUGAACAAAAUCCGUUGAGUUUAUAUUACUGCUAUGAUUCGGAGGGAACCGAUAAGCUUCUGAAAAAAUGCAUUGCUGAGGUGACUAAUACACCCUGGGGCGAAAGAGUAUCAUUUGUUUUCGACCCAAAUUCUGAUUUAGUGGCAAAACCAUUGCAUGUCAGCCCUUUCAUGGAUAUGCUUGGGAGUUGGAGCCUUAGAGCAAAUGCUCCUGGUCAAAAUUUACUAGUUACAAUUUCCGUCCAACACCCUGAGCUUGGUGAUUAUUUUCUGGCCACCUUGAAAGCAAAAAGAGUCUCCCUGGAAUCGGUGCAUGAUCAUGCACUAUAUUUCUGGCUGAUGCCUCAUAAAGUUGCCCUAUGGAUAUAUUGGCAUGCUCUGAAAUUAUGGUGGAAAAAUGUGUCAUUCAUACAACAUCCAAGGUACACUAACCCAUCAUACAGGGAGGAAGCUUUGAAUCGUGAUAGGAAACUGCAAUGCUGUCCGGGAUUGAGACAGAACAAAGAUGAACACAUGCAGGUCGGAGGAAGUGAUUCAGCAACUGAGGCUGAGAGAUAUCAUGGGGAACGAUUUUUUGUAUGGAAAGAUGCUAAAUGGCCAUGGUGUUGAACGCUAUGGGUAUAAAAACAACACAUCCUGGCUGUGGCAGUAUCACCCUUGGCUUCGACAUCUUGAAGAGUUGCGAACUUUAGUGAUCAAGGUGGUGUCUUCAGCUGUGUGUAAUCAAGCAAUGCAAGACACAAACAAGUUGGCAAAAGGCAUCUGCAAAUGGGGGGUUAAACUACAGUACCAGUCAUUUAUCCUAAUUUAUUUUAUUUUUAUUUCAGUGUAGGAUGAAUCUUUUAGCUCUAAUAUUCUCUUUAGACUGCUUCUAUUGUUAUCAAAUCAAAUCAUUUCGCGAUAAUAAAAAAUAAAUAUUAAUAUAAUGGUAUUUUCAA